AUGAAUCAUCAUUUUUCUUCAUAUUAUGGAUCACAGACAACAAGGAGUAGGUUAAAAUCUAAUAGUCCAAAUCAAUCGAAAAAUUCAGAGUUUAUAAUUAAAUCGAUAUAGUAAAAAUAUAAGUCUCAAUAAACAACUCCUUUAAAAAGUUCAAAAAUUGCUGAACCAUUGAAAACUUAAAAUCUAGAUAUAUUUAGUACAUCAUCUGAAAUAAAAAAAUUAAGAGUAUAAAGUAUGAGAAGUCAAUCCUAAAUUGAUAAUAAAAUUCUGUGGAAUUAGGUUUCAGAUUAAUUAGAAAAAAAAUUAAGAACUUGUGCUGAAUUUGAAAAAUUGAGAAAUAAUUCGAUUUAUAGAAAAUUGAGAGAAAUUAAACUAAAAGAAAAUGAAGAAAAAAGAAUGUUACAUGAGAAAUAAAUGUAAGAAGAAUAAUAGAGAAAGAACUAGAUAAUUGUUGAGAAGAAAUAAAAGAAAUAAAUAGAGACGAAAAGCUAAUAUAAAUUUUAAUUAUCUACUAUAGUUAAUGCAUUAACAUUAAUUUAAAUACAUUCAAAAACAUAUUCUAUGAAAUUAGCAAAAUUAAUAGCAAAAAAUUAUUUAAAUAUUUUAGAUUACUAAAAUUACAUGGAAUAGAAAAGAUUAAGUGAGAAUUAAUCUAGUUAAAAUACUCCAAGAACUCCUAAUUUAGGAAAAGAGUAAAUUUUAGAAAUUCAAGAUUUAAUUAAUGGAGGAAUACAUUAGAUAAUCAUUGAAAAUAAAAUUAAGAAGCAUCGAGUAUAACUAAAGGCAAGUGAAAUUUUCUCUGAAAAUGUUUUAAGAAGAGUGAGACUCUUGUAGAGUUGUUUUCAUCUAAAAAUAUUCAAUAAAAAGAGUAAAUCUCACAAAUAUAGAAGAUAAUAGAUUAUUGGUGUUCCUAGUACAAGAGUUAAAGCCUAGACUAGAAGAUUAGGUGAUAUAAAAUUUAUGAAUCAAUAUUCUCCAAAAUCAAAUAAAGCUGGAUCAAUGCUUAAUGUAAAUAGUGAAUUAAAAUAAAAUAAAAAAUCUUUAAGACUUUUUAGAAGCUUAACGAAAGGAUCAUUGACUAAAUAAAAAAGUUUAUUUUUUAAUAGGUAAAACACAAAUGAAUUCUUAUUAAAAGGAGUUUAGAUGCUCCAUUAUCCAAUAAUCAAAUACAUUUCAAUAUUUUAUAAAAAUAUGGUCGUUUGGUCAAUAUCGUAUAAAGAUAUUACUUUAGAUAAAUCUUGUAUAGUAUUAUUUUUUAAAGGUGAAGGAAAAUAUAAGUAUCGAUAUCGUUUGGAUGUGCCAAUAGGUAAAAAUCCUAUGAUUAAUUAUAUUGAAAAUUGUUUAACAGUUUGGCCACUUGUCAGAGAUUAUUUAAUUAGUUAUCUACAUAUGAAAGGACAGUUAGCUUUAAUUGAUUAAAAGUAAUUACCUAUUGCUUAAAUUUAUAAAUUAAAUUUUAUAAAAGGCUUAACUGAAAGAUCUAGAAUGAAAAUUACUAGUUUAGAUAUUCAUGGUAUUACUGAAACUAAAAAAAUACUUGACUACUUAUAAAAGUCUCAAAUUGUUAAAAUUCGAAAAGUAUUUGGUACGAUUUAUGAAUUACUUCCUCAGUUCAUUGAUGUCAAUAAAUAUGGAUAAAAAAAAUAAUACAUAGUAAAUCUACCUUUUGUUCAUAAUAUUGUUUUAUAACUAAGAAUGUUUGAGGAGUAGCUUUUAUUGUAAAAAAGAAGUUUAGGAGAAGUUGAUGAAAAUUUAAUUGAAAGAUAUUCAUCAUUUCUAUUAGGAAAUACUGAUUAUAUCAAUUAGAUCUUAAUAUUUAGAUUUAUUCACAAUAAUCCUGAUUUUUUCAAAGAUUAAAUGUUGAAGGAUAUAUAAUUACUUGAAGAAAAAUCUAUUUAUAUUUAAUCAGCUACAUUAAAGUUGAGUGAUAUUUUAUAAAUUGAAAGUAAUACUCAUCAUAUUUCAUAUGGUAGUUAUUGUUUAUUAAGUAUAUUUUUAACAAUAAAAUGUAAUAUUAAUUUAAAAUUAUUACUAUUAGAUGUUUCUGAUAAAUCUAUGUAUACUAAUCUAUCUGACACUGUUAAUUUAUUUGAAUAUAUUUGUAAAAAAAGAAGUUAAUUACAAUUAAUUUUUAAAUAAGAAUAUUUUCAGUUUUAAAUCAAAGUAACAUUUUAUGAAAGAGAUGAAGCGGGUUUUAAUAGAGAGGGAAAUUCAAAAAAAUUAAUUGGAGAUAAAAAGGAUAAACAAAUUAAAUAAUUAAUUCUAAAUGUAAAUGAAUGGUUAAAAUUAUGUAAAGCAAUAAAAAAAAAUAAUUUAGUAGAAGAAUCUGAAUAAUUUUUUGAUUUUAAUAAAUUAGUAAAAUGUAUUUUAUUAGAAUAACCAUUUUAUUCUAGAAUUGCUGAAGAAACUUUAAAGUCUGUCUUUUGCAUAAGUUUAAAAAAUGAAUAAAUUAUAUUAAAAGCUUCAUACAAACAUAUUUUAUCUGUUUCUUAUAAUUUCAUUGAGUAACUAGAUCAUUAUAAUUUUUCUAAAAAUUUAGGAUAUGUACACAAAUAUAGUAUAUAUCCUACAGAAUACCAUGAUAUCAAACAGAUUAUCAAAGAACAAAAAAAAUCAACUUUAACUUCAAAAGAUGCUAAAUACUUUAAUAAGUAAUUUAAAUAAAUAAACACAGCUGAUAUUAAAUUAACAAAUAAUAAUACAAAAAUUUCACUUAUUGUUGAUUAUUAAUAUGAGUAUCAUGCUUCUUAGAGUAUACCUAUCAAUUGUAAUUAACUAUAACUCAUAAGCUAUUGUUUAUUUAAAAGAAAUCACUAAAUCUAUAAUUUUGUUAAUAAUCGAGAGAGCACAACAAUAAUAAUAUAAAAAUUAUUUAAAUCUCCUAUUAUACUAAAAGUUGAAGAUUCAGAUUUGAUUUUUUAAAUUUUAAAUUGUUAGCAUCUAUCUUCAGCAUUACUUUCCUAAGAAUUGCUUGGAUGUUUAAAUUAAAUUUAAAAGAAAAAUAGCUUUUUGACAAAUAAUUUACAUUUUUUUAUUUAAAAAAAUAAAUAUCCAUUACCUAGUUACAAAUAAAUUAAAUUUAUGUUGAUUAAUGAUUCAAAUAAAUUAUUGAAUUAUUUAGAUAGAUUAAGUUUUAUGUUUUUGUUUAAAUAAACAUUUAGUGGUUCUUAAAUUUUAGUUAAUGCAAAAAUUUAUUUUAUUUGUAAAGAUUCUCAUACAAGAUUUAAUGAAAAGAUCUUCUAUUUUCAUAGUGAUGAUUUAUUUUUAGGAUUAGAAAUCCAAGAAUUUAAGUCUAAGCUUAAAAAAUAUAUUAUCAUACUUAAUAAAUUUGAUUUAGAAAAGCUCUUUGAUAUAAAAAAGUAUUUAGACAUAUAAACAAUUCAUUUUUGGUGCAAAACAAUUAUAAAUAAUUUGUCUUUUGAUAAAUAAAAUAUCUAUAGAUUACCUUUUUUACAAAAUUUGAACCAUUAUAUAAUUCCAAAACUUGAUGAUGAAGAAGAAAAUCAUAGAUUAAAGGCAUAGAGAAGUAUGACUAAUGAUUAUAAGCAUGAUGAAUAAAAUACUAUUUGUAAAUAGUUUCUUUAACCUUAAAUUAAAUUAUUUAGAGUUAUAGGUCAUUAUGUUAUGAAAUAUUUUCUUUUAAAAUCUUCAAAAAAGUAUAAAUUAACAACUCGUUUACAAUAAUAAUAUCAUAACGAUUAUGAUUCUGUUAGUAUUGAAUUUGUUAUCAUCACUAUAUAAGCUCACAACAUUUUUGAUAUGUUCAGAAUAAUGUAUUAUUUUCCUAAAAGCAAACGAAGAUUGAUGACUCAUAUUUCAAUUUUGCAAUUUUAAGAAAUGGACUUUAGAGAUAACUUGAUUUUUGAUUUACUCGAUUUCAAUGAAUAUAAGUAAUAUUAGGAUAUUGAAAUCUAUAUCAAAUCAUAGAAAAGUGGAAUACAUUUCAAACAUUCCAUUUAAUUGGAUAAAAAAGUUUUAACAAGAAUUAAAUUUAUGAAGUAAUCAGUAGAUAUUUAGAAUCCAUUUUAAUUUGCUUUCAAAAGAAACUAAAAUAAUUUUCUAAAAGUUAGUGAUGAUUUAAUUACUAAAAAUAGAUACUUAUUACAAUAAAUAAAAUAAAAUUAACAGCUUUCAGAUAAAGUUAUUAAAUUUAUGUAAUUUACUCGAAAGUUGAAUAAAGACUUAUAAUUUGAAUUAUAAAAUAAAUUAAUAGAAAUAAAGAUUUGGGAACUUUUACUAAAUUAAGUAUUUGAGUUGAAAUUUAAUAAUUCUAAAUCUAUAAAUAAUUAUAUCCAUUUAAUAGAUAGGAUAAUUUAAACUUUUGAUUAAAAGAAAAGAAAUUAAGUUAAAAUCAUUGGAAAAGAAUAUUUGUUGAAAAAAUAAUCAAGUGGUACUCUAAAGAAUAAUUAUACUGUUCAGUCUAAUGUAACUUAAUUAUACACUAGAUUAAUCCUUACGCAUAAUAUAAAAGUUACAGAAAAAUUAAAUUUUCCUGAAACUGAUAUUAAUUUAAAUAUUGGAUUUUUAAAAUAUCCAUUAUUAGAAUUCAUUUGCAGUUAAGAAAUAAAAUUAGAAAGAUUAGGAAAUGCCUACUUAGAAUGUUUUAUAGAAUAAAUCAAGAAGACAUAAUAAAAUUAAUAAGUAUUUAAUCCUUAAUAUUUAAUUUCAUAUUCGUAAUCUUCAGAUUAUAAUAUUUAUUUGAGAUACUAUUGCUUAUAAAAUUUAAAAUAUAAAGACAUCAGAUUAAACAUGAGAGAAUUAUUGAAUUUAUUUAUUGCUGAUGGAUUUUUCAAAAGUAAAACUAAUUAUAUGAAUAGUAGAUUAAGUUAAUCAGAUAUUUAAAAUAUGUGUUAUUAUUUAGUAUAAAAAAUAAGAGAUCAAAACUAUUUAAACUUGUCUUCACUUGUUUUACUAAAAAAAGAAAGAAAGUUUUCAUUGGCAUCGUAGAUUUUAUUAGAAACUGAAGAUUCAUUGAUUCCUAAUUAAAAUAAUUCGAAAUUGCUUUUUGAUGAAGGUUAUCUUUAUACAAAAGCAAUAAAAGGGAAAAAAUGUUUUUAGAUUCUUCAGUUAUAAAUUUUUCCUUCCACAAAAAAAAUAAUUUUUAAUUUGAGCGAUAGCAAAGCUGUAUUAUUUUAACAGAGGAUUCUUACCUUUUAGGAAGCAGAUUAAGAAGCAACUCAUUUUCUUAUCCUAUUCAAAUCUUAAAAUGUACAAUUAGCUUUAUAACGUCUUGCAUAAGCUUUAGAGUACAAUUUUAUUCAAAUUCAAAAAGUAUGA